UAAAGCCCUCCAACGAAAUCCAGUCUUCUUCAACUCCUAUCUCCCAUAGAUCCCGCCUGACAUUAUCCUCCCAUCUACGUCUAGGUCUCCCCAGGGGUCUCUUCCCUCAGGCUUCCUGACCAAUACCCACUGCACAACUCUUGUCCGAUCCAUGCGCGCUACAUGCCCAACCCAUCUCAUUCUUCUCGACUUAAUCACCCUGACAAUACUGGGGGAGGAGUACAAAUUUUUAAGGCCUUUAUGUCUAGAAAAAUGAAAGGUCUUGUAUAAUCUAUGAAAUGAUGCUGUUUCGGGUAAGUGUUAACACACGAAUAUCUGUUUUGUUUUUCGUCUUCGUAGUAAGUCACUUUGAUUUUUGGUCCAUUUGUUUCAUUUGUGAAUAUUGCUGAUUGAAUGCAGAUAUGUGAUGUUAGUGCAAAGUUCCGGAAGGUUUUUUUCUUUUCAGAAAAGGCACCUACGAGAUGUCAACAGACAUUAGUUUAAUGACUUGCUUUUCAGUUGUGUUUGUUCCUUCUACGAAAUAAAUUUGCAUACUUUCGCAGUUGCAGUGGUUAUUCAUUAUAAUUGUAUUUUUUCAUUAUACCUAUAUAAAUAUAUAAUUAUGGUUUUAAGCAUCAUUUGGAAGCAGAGUUAUUAGUGAACAGGCAAAGAAUUACCAGUGCACGAAAGGAUGCAAUUGUGAACAUCAUUUUAUUUUACAUUUACCAACACAAACACGUUUAUUUAUAUUGAUAUUCAAGGUGUUCGGAACAUUUUGUAUAAUUUAUUGUUAUAGUUCAUUCAUUUUAAUUUUGAAAAGUCUUCUGCAUUUGCCAGAAUUGCUACGUAAUUUUAAUAUGUUAUUCUGGUGGUAAAUUCUUGUCUAUAAUGUUGGGUAUCCUGUUUGGAAAAGAAAUUCAUGCUCCAUGUGGUGGACAACCUGUCAAUAUGGCGUUAGCGCCCAUUUUUAUUUUGAAGUCAAAUUGUGGAUAUAUAUUUUCUGUUCUUUGUUCAGUGUAUACGUGAGUGUUAGAUUUGUGAACUUUUUCUGAAGAAUUAUAUUUUCAACUGCAUCACUGUCUCAGGAGCUGAGUACGCGCUGCCCCACGUCGCGACGGAGCGGGAGGAUGAACAGAGGGGGGUGGUGACGGUGUCAACGGCGCUCUAACAGUUACUAUGGAAACAGAGGGAUGGGCAUGCGCGCGGACCGAGUGGUCAGAUGGUGUCGCCAGGCAUUGACCGUCUUCCUCAGGCUUGCCUUCUCUCAUGUGUGUCUGCUCCUGCUUGCCAUCCCAGGGCUUUGCCAUCAAGAUGCGGUCCACAUCACCGCCAUCUUGGGCGAGUCAGUUGUGUUCAACUGCCAUGUGGAGUUCCCCGGUGACCACCCGGUGCCCUACGUGCUGCAGUGGGAGAAGAAGGUAGGCGAAACGGGUUUGGAGAUCCCGAUCUACAUCUGGUAUGACAGUUACCCCACACAUAGCGGCGAGGGGUACGAGGGGCGCGUGUCCAGAGUUUCGCCUGACUCCCCCUAUGGUCUUGCUUCCCUCAACCUGACCAACAUCCGCGAGUCGGACCAGGGGUGGUACGAAUGUAAAGUGGUGUUCCUCAAUAGGAACCCUGGCUCCAGGAAUGGUACCUGGUUCCACUUGGAUGUUCAUGCACCUCCACGCUUUAGUGUCACACCUGAAGACGUAAUCUACGUGAACUUGGGUGAUGCCAUAAUUCUAAAUUGCCAAGCUGAAGGCACGCCACCACCCGAAAUCUUGUGGUAUAAAGAUGCAAACCCCGUGGAGCCUUCAGUCACAAUUGGCAUUUUUAAUGAUGGCACAGAGCUGCGCAUCUCUAACAUUCGGCACGAGGAUAUCGGCGAUUACACAUGUAUCGCCAGAAAUGGCGAAGGGCAGAUCAGCCAUACUGCUCGGGUGAUCAUUGCUGUUGUCCCUCCGCGUCUCUCGCCCCUCUUCCAAAACGAACAACAACCCAUGGGGCCUAAUGCUGACUCUGGUGUAAAGGCAGGUGAUAAGAUCGGUGGAGCUGUCAUCAUGGUCCCGCCAACCAACCAGUCGAAGUUGGAGGGGGAGAAGGUACAAUUCUCAUGUGAAGCCAAGGCGUUGCCAGGCAACGUCACUGUCAAGUGGUACCGUGAGGGAGUUCCUGUGAAGGAGGUUGCGGCGCUGGAGACGCGCGUCACGAUCCGUCGUGAUGGCUCCCUCAUUGUGAACCCUGUGAGUGCAGAUGACUCGGGGCAGUACCUCUGUGAGGUCACCAAUGGCAUUGGGGAGCCCCAGUCUGCUGCAGCUUACCUCAACGUUGAGUACCCUGCGAAGGUGACCUUCACCCCCUCGGUGCAGUUUCUGCCUUUCCGUCUUGCUGGCGUAGUGCAGUGCUACAUUAAAGCAAACCCUCCACUUCAGUAUGUCACUUGGACCAAAGACAAACGCCUCCUUGAGCCAUACCAGACCAAAGAGAUUGUAAUAAUGAAUAAUGGCUCUCUACUCUUUACUCGGGUGAACCAGAACCACGAAGGCCGGUACACGUGCACGCCAUACAACGCCCAGGGAACUCAGGGUUCAUCUGGCCCGAUGGAAGUCCUAGUCCGCAAACCACCAGUAUUCACUAUUGAGCCAGAUAGUAUGUAUCAGCGCAAAGUGGGGGAGACAGUAGAAAUGCACUGUGAUGCUCAAGAGACUGAAGGCACCCAAAAACCAACCAUUCAGUGGCAGCGGAGGGAUGGUUCCCCUCUUCAACGAAAUCGUGCCCGAGUGAACGGUGGUAACAUAACAAUUGAAGGCCUUCGAAGAACAGACUUCGGAUUCUACCAGUGUGUGGCAUCCAAUGAGGUGGCAACGAUUGUCACCGCGACGCAGCUUGUUGUCGAGGGCACGCAACCUCACGCGCCAUAUAACGUGUCUGCAAAUGCCAGUGAGACUGCUGUCACGCUGCAGUGGUUGCCUGGUUACAGUGGGGGACCUGACUACAAGCAGGACUACACCAUCUGGUACAGGGAAGGUGGUGUGUCAGACUGGUCCACUAUUCCGGUGACACCCUCUGGCAGCACUCAGGUUACGAUUAACAGGCUGUCAUCGGGUACCACGUACGAGUUUCAGGUAGUGGGAAAGAAUGCUCUUGGAGAUGGUAUGCUCAGUAAAGUUAUCACUGUCCGAACGCUCGACAUAUUUGAUUAUAGUCUUAUUGUCUUUCCAACUGAUUCCACAGGAGCCACUCUCUACCCACCGAUCCUGCGACCCAAAGGGCCUAAACCCGGACCACCACGGAAUCUCACUGUCACUGAGAUCAAUAACGGCUUUCUAAUCACGUGGCAAGCCCCACUGGAGCGAGCCCAUCUUGUCCAGUACUACACAAUCAAGUACAAGACAGAUUCAGGUUGGAAAACUUUAAACAAAGCCUCAAUACGACCCGAGGACACAUCGUAUCUUGUGAAGAACUUGGUUGGUGGACGAACCUAUUACUUUCGAGUACUGGCAAAUUCUCUGAAAAGUUACGAAAGUAGUGAAGAGGUUAAAUACCCAGUGCCAGCGAGGGUCAAACACAAGGCCAUAACCGCUGGUGUUGUGGGCGGUAUCCUCUUCUUCAUUGUUGCCAUCAUUCUCUCAGUCUGUGCCGUCAAGAUAUGCAACAAGAGGAAACGUCGGAAACAAGAGAAAGCAUAUAAUAUGGUCGCAUGUCGAGUGACUGAUGCAAGAAAUGGUGGCCAACCGCCAGGGGCCAGCCAAGUGCCUUUGAAAAAACUUAGACAGAGCCGAAUACCAAGUGUGACACUCCUAGGUGAUGCUUUAAAGAGGACUCGUGCUCAAUUGACAAACUGGUUGAUGUCAGGACAGUGUGGUGACAGUGAAGGAUCUCGCGUAAGCAGCAGCAGUGAUGUGGCAAGACAUUGGCAUCCAGAGUACAUCGGAAAUGGGAAGAGUCUGGGCCGAAUAUCCCGAGCUGCUGAUGGCCGUUUUGUGCUUGCUGACUCAUCACGCUCCUCUGCUAGUAAUAGUGUCACCAGUAGUAGUGAUGACGGUGGGUUCUUACCCCAUAGAGGCAGACGAAGGGCCUCGUGGAGACGACCGCUAGUGGGCUACCCCAGCCAGUUGAGCCUGAGGUCUGAUGGUUCUGGGGAAAGCGGGGUUGGCGGAGGUCUUGCCGCAAUCCUUGAUGCUCUGGGAGGCCGGUCAUCCCCACCUCGCUACCAGCACCAACUUCCUCUAGUCCCAGCUAUUUACUCACCACCUGUUCCUGUACCCAGAUUGCGGGCCAGCUCUCCUGCCACGCCUGGCUCUCUGCUCACGACUGCCUGGUCUCCAAGUUACAACUUCAGUGACUUGAGCUCAGUGCCCCAGCUCAGCUCUGUGGACCGCUCAUUGCCCACUGGCAGCACCUUCACCACAACCACACCCCCCAGUUAUCUGCAGCUGCGCUCAGUCCAUGAACGCUACAGCCAGGAGUUGCCCUCACUGCGAGCAAUCCACGAGGAGUCGAGCCACUGGCAGCAGCAGCAGCAGCAGCAGCAACAGCAGAGAACAGUGACUGUUGCUGCACCUCAUCUCAUCACACCCCCUUUGUUUCUACCAGUACACCCUCUGGCCACUAGCUCACCUCCAAGAGUUCGCAUCCCACCGCCACGCCCACCCCUACCCUGGGCUGAAGAUCUGGUCCCUCAUCACCCAGGUCAUGGGACUGGCACCAUAGCAACUGCUCGCCCUCGUGCCAGACUGCCACCACGCCAUGCUCGUCAUGCCCGAAGUGCACCCGAACUUGCCGACCCAGAGCGCCACGAUGGUCUUCUAAUGGAAACUUCACCUUCUAGUUCCAGUGGGUUUGGCAGCAAGAACACAUCACAGCAGAACCAAAGUUCUCAGUCUGGAAGCACCAGUGCCGAGUGGCGAUUGCCUCCAUACAGGCCGCCCCCCCCACCACCUCCACCACCACCUCCUCCUCCUCUACCACUGCAACAAAUUCUUCGUCCAUCUCAUCCCCCAGCUCCACCACCCCUGGUUGGCCACUGGCUCGAAUUCACUGCCGGCCUGCAAGACACAUCACCACCACAUUCAGAACCUGGACAUCUCCGCAGCUCCAAACCUCUGGACACAAGUGUAGAUGGCCAUUAUGAAUUUGAUGCCAUAUUUGCUGCAACACCUACACCAUCAACACCUACAGGGGUUCGCACUGCCCUGCCCCGGCAGCGGUUGGGUAGCGGCGGAGAAGACAGAGGUAUCAGCGAUUCCGAGAUAUAUUCUGCAUCCUUUUACCCGCCGCGACCCAAGAGGCCUUCCAAGUAUGAUAACAUUGAAGCACGUGUUCAGGCAAUGAAAGAGGAAUUCCACGAAUUCAGGAAAAGACAGGCCAAACGGAGACGGAGUGAAGAGCUUGAGAGUGCGUGUUGAGUUUCUUUUUUGCACUUCAUUUAUGUCCAUUGGUUCGAGCAGAGCAGGCAUAUUCCUUCUUAGGUUUUGUUAAGGAUAUCAGAAUGUUUGGAAAGUCAGCUUAGCGUCACUUCCAGAAAAGAAGCUCUAGCUCUGUCUUCUGAUUAUUUUGCACUAUUCUGGCUUUCUUGAAUGGUUUAUAUUAAGAUGGAUUUGGCACCGUGUGACCCUUCGCUUUGUAUGAAUAUGUCCCAGUGCACCGAUGCACACUGCAGCCUUUACAUCCAAGGUUCCUUUAAAAGCGUUCCAUUCCUGUGCUUCAGGCUAAGUGCUUCUACCUUCAUAGCACAAUCUGGCAAUCAUUUCACAUUGCUUAAUUUGUGUGGCAAAAGAUCUUGGGAACUUGCGUAUGAAUUUCAAAUAUACUUCCCUCUGUAGUGCUCUUACAGUACUUUUGUAGGGCAUUAUUCGUUGUCUUUUAUUUAGAAAUUAAACUUUUAAAAUGAACUACAUUUUAGAGACUGGUUCUAUCUGUCUCCACGUAAGGCGGUGCAUACUAGGUGAGCCUGUCAUAUAAAACUGUUCUUCAUUCGCACAGAGGCAGGGAAUGUGAAAUGAUAUAGAAUUAAAAAUGGCUGUCUUCUGGGUUGUUGCACCGUGUAGUCUGGUAGAAGUUUACUGAAGUUACAGAGGUCCUUGCUGCCUCCAUCAUCACCCUGAUGUGGAAACUUCAAAUCCUACAUAUAUAAAAUUAGAAAUAAUUUUCCUCAUGGAAGGUUGGCACUGAAUUAGUCCGCCAUAUUUAUGGUCAUACUGGUGCUUCUGUCACCUCCCUCUGCUGAGCACACUUCUUCAGAAAUGUACUGCAGAUUUGCCUGAGGUUGGCAGGGGCCAGUGAUGGUCAUAAGGUCAUAACAAAUGAUGUCUUGGAGGCUCUAAAACCAACCCAUCCAUAUCUUGUAAUGAUGUGAAUUGCUGGUGUUUGUUUUAACAUCUUUUCAUGGCUGCCAGUUUUAGAUGCACUCUCAUAUUUGUAGUCAUUAAUUGUUUAUUGGAAAAAAUCUGAAUUUGUCAUUUUGUAAGUUGUUCAGUUCUCUAGAGCUCCGGUUCUGCUUACGUAUUAAAAAUCGUUGAGCACCGAGUUGCUCUCGGUUUCAUUAUAAAUGAAACCGUGCUUAUUCGUUGUCUAAUUCCUGAGGUGAGAGAUGUAAGGGCUGUGUUGUGACAAAACAGAAAGUCGGACUACAGUAAACUCUUCGUUUAACAAAUGUCAUUUUUACAGGCUUACCAUUUUUAUACAUUUUUCUGAACUAGGUCUAUGUGUAAAUAUGUUCAUAAGUACAUUAAAUUUGUACUUUUGGGACAAUGUGAAGUUCAUAUAACAACAGUUUUAUUUCAUUCUCUAACCUGCAUUAAUGUGCUAGUAUAAAUAAUUAAAUAAAUAGAAAUACCACUUGCAAUUUACACAUAUUGCUGCAAACUGAAGCUCGGGAGUCCGCAUUUUAAGUUCUAGUUUUAAGAAAGAGCCUGUAGUUACUAGUUCUUACAUCACUUUAAUAAACAUUUUCACAAAUUGUUUUAAUUUAUAGAUGAGCUUAAAUUUAGAAAUAUAUUUAUUAUUUGCAAAAUGUUGUUAAAACAAUAAUUAGCUCUAUGAAGAUUCAACAAAAUUGAUCAUGCAUGCAUUUUGAGGUUUUCAGAGUGACAAGUAUUGAAAUGUUCAUCUUUUGGGGAUGCUGUACCAUCUAGAUUGUCAGUCAGAUUCUACCAGACCAAGUGGUACGAAUCACAUAAGACAGUCGUCUUCAUAUAUGGAUGGGUUUGGCGAGGCCGCAAUGUAAAAAUACUGCAGAGUCGAUUUGUAUGUGACUUAUGAAGAUCCCGCCCGGUCUCUGCCACAAAUUAAGCUCUGUGUUUGUUGAUUAACUGAUGUCACCACAUGUCCACGACAGAUAAGCCAUUCAAUUUCCUUUGCUACUGGUGCCCAUAAUUUAAAAUGCUAUGAUAAAUAGCUGUAACGUAAGUUGGUAACAAUUUAAUUGCAUUUAGUUAAAAGUGAACCAGAGAGUUGUCAUUCAUCUAGCACACAGAUGUCUGCCCCCUGAGUAAAGGAAUCACUAGGCCUGUCCAGUAGCAGCAGCACAAUUUAAUUAGAUAUGUAGAAUAACCAAGGGGGGGGGGGGGCAAACAUGUGGCAUUUAUUGAAUUUAUGAAGUUCUUAAGUAUGGUAGUGCUUGAAGUCACUUAAAAUAUGGAAAAGAGUGUUCAAGUGCAUUAAACUGAACAAUACUCAAAACCAAAUAAUUACAAGCGAUUACAAAAACUGGAUAUUAUUAUUAAUAUUAUUACUAUUAUUAUUAUUAUUAUUAAUAAGUGUUGUGAGUUUCAAACAAAUUAAAGAAUAAUCAAAUAUAUUAAAACUUUAAAUGAAUGAGUAGCGGAUUGGUACUACUACGCAUGUUUGAAAUGAACGAUAUUGGUGAAGAUGGUUGUGUGUGUGAAUCCAUAUUGCUGUCUGUGAAAGUGGUUAUUUAAAAUAUGAAUGAAAAGGUUAAAAUAUUAAUUAUCCUCUAAGUAUGAACUCCAAAGAACACAAUUACAAUGGAAGAGAGAAGGAGUAGUAAUAUAAAUGAUUUGUGCAUUUAUUCACACACUCAAUUGCAAGGAAUUUAAGAUUGUAUAUAAUAUUAUUCUGUUUCUGAUGUUGUGGCUAGAAGCGGGCAGAGCUCAAUUCUAAAAUGAGAGGAACAUUUAAGGAGCAGAAACAGAGGAAGGUUUUCUGGAGAUAACUCAACAUGAAGAAAUACAAAGUUGUUGAUGUUAUUUCACAUAAUAAUUCUAACGCUUUAUCGUUUUAUCUUUCUUUAUCUAUAAAGAAAUGAAAAAACGGAAACAUUUUCCACACAGGCUGUUGCAAUAGAUAUUUAUUAUUAGCGCUAUUGCAAAACGUGAGCGAAAACAAGAAAAUUUUGUUUGUUCUAUGAUAUGAAUUUUGCCUGCUUUAUUUUUAAUUGUUAAUUUAGUUAAGUUUCCAAAGUACAAAGAGAGAGGAAAGAACUUGAA